AUGGCCGUGGAUUACCUGACGGCCGCGAUCAUGACACCCAGCAGCAGCAGCAGCAGCAGCAGCAGCAUGGCGGUGGAUCCGCGGGCGAAUCCGGGAGCCAGCAACACCCCUACGCUGGAAGAGGCGGAUCCGCGGGCGAAUCCCGGAGCCAGCAACACCCCUACGCUGGAAGAGGCGGAUCCGCGGGCGAAUCCCGGAGCCAGCAGCGCCCCUGCGCUGGCGGCGCUGUUCCCGCAGUGGGCGGCAGUGGACGCGGAGCAGCUGAGGCGUGUGCCUCAGGAUGUGAUGCCGGAGGACGGGCAGUGCUGGCUCAAGUACGGCGAGAAACGGCUCGUUAAAACAGCCUGCCACAGGUCGUACUUCCGCUGUGCGCGCUCCACUUUCGACCAGGCAGCGCAGCUCGGGGCGGCAGGCAAGCCGGGCGCGUCGAUAAUUUUCUUCCGAGUGACGUACUUGAACACGCACAACCACAGUGAGCCGCCCAUUGGGCUUCGGAUCGAGCCCUCUCUAGCACCGGAUGCUGCUGCUGCUGCUGGGAAAGUGCACGCAGCACAGCACGCACCACCAUAUCCCCGGCACCAGAUGCAACCGCCGCCACCCCUGCCACAACAACGCCCACAGCAGCAGCAGCAGCAGUGGCAGCAGCAGUGGCAGCAGCAGCAAGAGGAGUGCAGAGUGGUGUUGCAGUCAAAUUCCGCCCCAUGCUACCUAAACCUACAGCGCUCGCCCACUCCCACCUCCCUGGGCAAGCGGUCACGUGAAGCCGACUCCUCCUUGAUAUCAGAGCCGUGCCUGCCCUCUCAUGCUCCUCAUGCCCGCCACGCCUCUCACGACUUCGAUUUCAAAACAUUUGAUGCCAGUACCUUUGACUUUGCAGCUUUUGGCGCUUCACAAGGAUUCCAAACCUUCCACCGGCUCCAGCCGUCCCCUGAAUCGCAAUCCACUCGUGCGGGUUUUCGUGCGGAAAACACCUCUCCUGCCCCUCACACGUCUCCCUCCUCGCACGUGUCUGCCGCAUCUCAUGUAUCCUCUGCCUCUCCCGCCUCUCAGCCGUCUCAUGAAUCUCCCGCCUCUGCUGCCGCGACUCACUCCUCUGCUGUCCCGACUCACUCCUUCACACCGCCCAGGCCGAUCAAAUUUGAUGACUCAGCGCCACGUCAGCUGCAGGGACUACUGGAGGAUAUAGUGCCACGUCAGCUGCUGCAUGGCUCGCGGCCACUCCCAGGAGCAGCAGAGUACCAGGCACCGGCUGCAGCAGCAGCAACAGCAGCACCAGGGGGGAGAGCGUUUCAGAUCCCAGCCACAUCAGUAGCACCAGAUGCAGCACCAGCUACAGCAGCAGCAGCAGGUGCAGCAGCUGCAGCAGCAGCAGCAGUGUCGUUUCAGGCCACCGUAUGUGCUGCCGUGGAAGCAGAGCGGUCAGCGCAACGGCAACUGUGGGCUCCGGUUGAAGCUCAAGCCCCGGCUAUGGCACCAGCUGUGACACCAACUGUGACACCUGCUUUUGCGCUGACCGACCAAACGCUUCCUUUCCUGUCGCCUCCGCUGCUCCCUACUGUUGCCCACACCCCGUACCAAGCAGCAGCAGCAGCAGCAGCAGCGACAGUAGCAGCAGCAGCAGCAGCAGCAGCAGCGACAGUAGCAGCAGCAGCAGCAGCACCGCAUUGCAUCUCGCCUCAUACCCUGCCGCAGCCACUCGUUGCAGAGCUGCCGCCCGCUGCAGUGCCGCCGCCCGCUGCAGUGCCGCCGCCCGCUGCAGUGCCGCCGUCCGCUCUUGUGCUGCCUACCCUGGAAAUGUGCUGUCAUUGUGAAUGCUGGCAAUCCCAAGGGGCGGGGCAGCAGCAGCAGCAGCAGCAGCAGCCAACGCUAGCGAUGCAACCACAGCCCCCAUCGCCGUCUUUCACCACUCCUCCUCGCACCAUUCCGCUCACCGCAGCGCCAGUCGCCACGGGCGUUCUUCCAAGCGCCACUGCCCCCACUAGCGUGCAUCAUCCCGUCGCCUCUCUCCCUCCAAUCCCCAACCACAUCCCCAACCACAUCCCCAGCCACAUCCCCAACCACAUCCCCUACAUGACUAAUCCGCAAAAUUAUCCACGGCAGCAGCUCAUGCCACAUCAGCAGGUUGUGAUGCCAGGUCAGCGAUUGGAUGUUUGCCAUCCAGCCAUUGGAGGGGCUAGCAACGGCGUGACUCCCUCUGCCGGUGCUUCUGGUGCUGCUGCUGCUGCUGCUGAUGCUGCUGAUGCUCCUUUCCGUGCUAACCAUACCCAUGGCAUCACAGGGCAUGGGCAUUCCAGUAUGGGCCACGCCCAUACCAGCAUGAAUCACACUCGAGAUUUCAUGGGUGUGGCUGGCAACAUGAGUUCUGUCUGGGCCUCUGGUGCCGGUCUGAGCCCUGCGCUUCGAACCGCUGCUGCUGGGCAGACCCCGGCUGUGCGAUGCACUCGCACUCUGAGCAUGGGGCUUGACGGCUUGGGCGGCAUGGGUUGUGUGGGUGGCGCGGGCGGCACGGGCGGCAUGGGGGAGGAUGAGUUCCUGGUGGAGGCGGCAGCGUGGCUGGCAGAGCAGGGAGGGCUGGUGGCGCUUGAUUGGCUGCCGGAUCUGCGUAAUGGUCGAAUUGACGCGAUUCGCGGCACGGAUGGCGGGAGCGGCGACCGCGAACGAUCGGUGGAUGAGAAGGCUGGCGCUACAGCUGCGGGCAAUGCUUCCGACAAACGGACGCGCGAUAGUGGCGAGAACGACUAUAACGGGGCUGCUAAUAACGAGGAUGGUUCAAUCGGGGACGCGGCGCGGCGGAUCUGGGACGUGAGCGGGCGCGAUCUGGUGCAGGUGGCGCUGGAGGCGAGCCGCGCGACGGACGGCCCGCGAUUCCUGGCACCGUGCGGCGUGCGACGCGAGCUGCCGCUGCUCGUCUACUUGCCAGGGCUAGACGGCACGGUGAGACGACGUGGUAGGGGCGAGAGAAAGGGGUACGAGGGCGUUCCCUUGUCCUUCUUUCUGUCCCUUCCCUUCCUUUCCCUUCCUUACUCUGCAGGCGUGUUCCUGGAGCGCCACCUGGAGGGCUUAAAGCCGUGCUACGACGUGCGCUGCCUCUGCAUCCCCGCUUUUGACACCUCCUCCUACGCCAAUCUCGCCCAGCUGUACAGUGGCGGGUCUCAUUCAACAAGAGCAGGACCUGCGAAGGGAGAGCGCUCUGCUGCAAGCAUCCACAAAGUGGCGGGUCUCAUUCAGCAAGAGCAGGCCCUUCGAACAGAGAGCACACUGCUGCAAGCGUCUUUGGGAGCGACAGCCAUGGGAUAUGCCUCUGAUGAGGAGGCACCCUUUGCACCAGAUGUUCCCUUCCUAGCGCAGUUCUCCUCUUUUGCGCUCGCGCCUCUCCUCUCUGACUGGGACAGCCUGGGGGAGCGAGAGAGGACCCUCAUCACCCCGCCCUUCAGCACGACGGUGCUUCCAGCAGCAACAGUGGCACGCCGUGUUGCCAUGAUGUCAGCGCUACAGCCGUCUGACGCUAUGCUACAGUCCAUCACAGCCAGCACUCUCCUGAUUGCCAGUGGGGAAGACCGGCUGAUACCAUCAGUGGAGGAGGCAUACGGGCUGGCAACAUGCAUCCCAUCUGGGGAAGACCGGCUGAUACCAUCAGUGGAGGAGGCAUACGGGCUGGCAACAUGCAUCCCAUCUGGGGAGGACCGGCUGAUACCAUCAGUGGACCCAUCUUCACCCAACCAUUGCAUUGUGUGCAUGCAGUGGGGAAGACCGGCUGAUACCAUCAGUGGAGGAGGCAUACGGGCUGGCAACAUGCAUUCCUUCAUGCCGCAUCAAGAUUCUGCCCUUCUCCGGCCACACCGCACUGCUAGAGACGGGUGUUUCUCUGCGGGACAUUCUGGAGGAGAGUGGAGUGCUGCUGCCCUUCGCUGCCCUCUGCUGCCUUCCCUCUGCUGCCCCCACCACAGCAACCCUAUCCCGUUCACCCCCCUCUCUUGCCCCCUCCCCUAUCAGGCGGGUGUGUCUCUGCGGGACAUUCUGGAGGAGAGUGGAGUGCUGCUGCCCUCUGCUGCUUUUCCUCUGGACCCUGUCCCUCCCUCUGAUGACGAGCAAGAGCCUGCUUAUAAUGAGGAUGAGAGACCUGCCAAUAGCGAGGGUGAUGAGUCUGCUAAUAGCGAGGAUGGACCGACAGUGGAUGCUCACGAGAGCACCACUGCACCUAGCAGUGAAAGUUCAGGAGUGGAGGGUGCGGGGUACAGCAGCAGUGAGGAGGAGGGUGAGUUCAGCAUGGAAGGGAAGGACUGGGAUGAUGCUGACGUGGCUGCUGUGCUUGGACUGGCCAGCUCUGCUGCCACGGAUACUGGACCAAUCACAGGCCCCGAUGCUGAUGCUGCUGCGUUCGCCUCCAAUGAUGCGUCGAAAAUGUCAAGAAAUCGGGAGGAGGCGCAGGGAGAGGUGGUGCUUCGGGAAUGGUCUCAGGUUCGGGCGGCGCAGACUCGGAAUGACAGGGAAUUGGCGCAGGUUUGGAAGGGGAAGGAGAAGGGGAGAGGGGAUCCAGGAGGGGGCGGGGCAGAGGGAGGGGAAGGGGGGACAGGAGGAAUGGUGAGGAGCUUACAGGAGUGGAGCAAGGGGAGGAGGGAGCAGCGGAGAGAAGAGAAGCAGGGAGGAGGGAAGGAAAGAGAAUGGGAGGGGCUGCAAGGACUGCAAGUGGUGCAAGAAGAGCCAGUCAAGAAGGUCAAGCGGGCCAAGCGUGGUUUGAGGCUGGAUGGGUACUAUGAGAUGAUGAAGGGCAAGGGAGAUGCCGCAUGGGCCGAUCGCAUGUUCCCCCAAGCUGCCUCUGCUUCUGAAGCUGCCAUCUCUUCUCAAGCUGUCACUGCUUCUCAAGCUGCAUCUCCUGCUCGUGAGCCCUCUCAGCCAGCUUUGGUUUCAUCCCAAGCUGCUGUCUCGGUCUCAUCCCAACCCAACGAGACAGCAUCUACUAGCAACGGGCGUGCUGUCAGGGGUGCAGAGAGGGGUGUGGAGAGCAGUGCAGAGAGCAGCAGUGGUAGUGGUGCUGCUGCUGCUGCUGCUGCUGGUCCUGCUGCUGAUCGUACUGCUGCUGUUGCUUCUGCUUCUGCUGCUGCUGCUGCUGCACGUUUUGCAGUUCCGGAUGCAGCUAAUGGAGCUGCACUUACGGGUUCUACUACGGCCACAAGUGGUAGUUCCAAUAAUAGAGCUGCUAAUAAGCGGACGGGCGUUGCUGCGAAAACUGGUGGUAAUGCCACUGGCGCUGUCGCUGCCGCUGGUGAUGCUCCAUCCACAGAGAAAGCAACGCAACAGAGGGGUGGGGCGGGGGUUGGGGGGGAGGGCAUGCCGGAUGAUAUGCCUCAAUACCGCCUCUGGAACUGGGUUGCACGGCCGUUCUAUGUUGGGUUGGAGAAGAUUCCUCGAAACGAGGGGAAGCUGCUGUUUGUGGGCAACCACACCAUCUUUGGUAUCUAUGACAUGCCGCUCAUGAUCCGAGACAUCCACUUGCGCACGGGCGUGACUCUCAGAGGGCUCGGCGCGCCUACCCACUGGCAGGGGCCGUUUGCCGACCAGUUCACCAAAUACGGCGCUGUGCGGGUGUCCCCCCGUGCGUGCUACCAGCUGUUGAGGGAGGGCGAGAACUUACUGCUGUACCCGGGAGGCGGCAGGGAGGUGGGGAAGCGAAAGAACGAGAAGUACAAGCUGUUUUGGCGGGAUACGACAGACUUUGUGCGCAUUGCCGUGCGCUGUGGCGCCACAAUUGUUCCGUUCUCCACCAUUGGAGUGGAGGACGCUUUUGAUGUGCUCAUGGACCCCGAGGAAAUCAUGUCCUCCCCAAUCGGCCCCUGGUUGAGGCCAGCCCUAGAAGCCACAGGCAUGCAGACAGUCCCCUUCCCCCUCGCCUCCAAUGCCGGCCUGCUGCCGCGCCCCCAGCGCCUCUACUUCCUCUUUGGCGACCCCAUCCGCACGGACGAUCUUGAUCCCACCAUCAUACGAGACAAGGAGGAGUGCAGCAGGAUAUACCAGAUGGUGCGAGGCAGGGUGGAGGGAGGAAUAGAGCAGCUCAAGGAGAUGCGCCGGGCGGACCCGCUGCGAGAAACGCUUCCCAGAAUAGCG